UUAACGCUAAACGCUGGCCAGGGGAGAAGUAAGGUAUUCAGUAUUCACACGGUGAAGAAAUGAGGAUCCAGCUGGGAUCUCGUCGGAGGCGACUGUCUCUCAACCGCGCACUCGUCGCCACUGCAAUUUUCACAGCCAUUGGCCUAUUGAUCCUAACUUUGAGGUCCGUCGAUCCAUCCACCCACCUCCCAAUCACCACCUCUGACUCUGAAAACAGAGAUGCUAAGCCAGCUCAUACUACAAAUCUCCGCUCUGAUGCUGCUCAAUCACUGAAAACAUGCGCUACGGUUGAGGAGAUGGGCGAGGCCUUUAGCCGUGGGUUUUCAGAGGAAAGUUACAGAGUCAGGAAUAUCAUUCAAAAUCACUUUGCUAUUAAUGGUGCUUCGAGAGUCCGAGCGCUUCCGCCAGAGGAGUUCUGCAGGCAUGGUUUUGUAUUGGGGAAAGCAUCAGAAGCAGGUUUUGGUAAUGAGAUGUACAAAAUCUUAACUGCGGCUGCACUGAGCGUGAUGUUGAACCGGUCGUUGAUAAUUGGGCAAACCAGGGGUAGAUAUCCUUUUGAGGAUUUCAUCUAUUACUCCAAUAUUUCCUUCACAUUGAAAGAAAUCAAGCACCUUUGGAGACAGAAUGGUUGUCUGACCAAAUAUGGGAGGCAUCUCGUUAUCAGAAUUGAUGACUUCCAGAAGCCAGCACGAACAAAUGUUCUGUGUAGCAAUUGGAGGGUUUGGGAACAGCCUAUUAUCUGGUUUCAGAAUACAACAGAUGCCGUGGCUGCUCAAUUUUUCUUGAAGAAUGUACAUGAUGAGAUGAGGAUAGCUGCUUCUACUUUGUUUGGAAAACCAGCUGACCUUCACCAUAGGCCUAACGUAUUUGGGGAGCUAAUGAGACUUCUCAUAUCUCCGUCGGAGAAUAUUCAACAUGCUGUGAACUGGGCACUAAGUGGUGGUGCUGACCCUGAUAUUGCUCUACACAUGCGGAUGCUUAUGAAUAGAUCCAUUAGAGCAGUUCAAGCAGCUUUCACUUGCAUCAGCAAAUCUGUGGAAAAUCUAAAAUUGACGUCCAAGCCCAGAGUAGUAUUAGUUUCAGAUAAUCCUUCUCUGGUCAAAGAUAUUGCUCCAGAAUUGAAUCAGUUUGCAGAAGUCCUUCACUUCGAUUUCGAAAGCUUUAAAGGAAAUAUAUCUGGCAAAUCACAUGUUCAUACUCUCAAUUUUAGAACGAAGGAUUGGGGUACCGCACCAAGAUGGGUUGCAUUUGUUGAUUUCUUUCUUGCUUCACGUGCAAAACAUGCAGUUGUCUCUGGGGCUCACCGGCGUGUUGGGACCACGUUUGCUCAGCUGGUUGCAGCAUUGGCUGCAGCUAACAGCCUUGAUGAUAGAUCCUCUGCUGGAUCAAACUUCACCUUCCUCAGUAGCUUCCAGAGUAACUUGCUUGCAGAAGGUCUAAAGAAUCAGAUUGGUUGGGGGCACGUGUGGAACCGAUUUGCUGGUACGUUAAGCUGCCACAACCAAUCUAAGCAAUGUGCUCAUACUCCUAUUCUUCCGCCUGCAUGGUGGGAUGGACUUUGGCAGUCACCUAUUCCACGGGAUGUACACAGAAUGGAAGCAUAUGGCAUCCGCCUUUCUGGUUUUGGGACAUUUGAUGACAAUCAGCUAUACUCUUUCUGUAGUUCGAGGAAAAAUUUUGUGCUUACCGUUCCAUUAAUUUAGAUAUGUCUACAUUCAUUGGGAGAUUUCUCCUGGUCAUGCUGAUUUUAUGUUGGCAUUGGUUUAUUGUUUCCAAUUGAUUGUUGAUACAUGUUGAAUGCUGUUGUAUUUCCGAAUGGUCGGGGCAGAUCUUAAGAACCUGGAGUUACUGAAUUUAAAUUACCAACAACAUCAGCAACUAUGCCAAAUUUUAAAGUUGUCGGGGUCUACUA